CGCUGUGACUACUGACUGGGUGAAGUAAAUUCAUUGUUAGCUAAGAUAAAAACAGAGUUACUUAUCUUAUUAAAUAAUAAAACCAGGCUUAAAAAGGGGCAAACAAACGUAUGAUGGACAAAGCUGAAGACUUCGAGAGAUUUUUGAAGAAUGUUGACAAAAUAAGUGAGCUAGUGAAGGAUCUAAAGUCCUCAGACGUCGAAGUCCAGCAAAAAGCAAUGGAGAUGGCUGAUUACUACAUUUCUGCCUUGGAUGAACCCUGCAGCACAAAAGUCAACAAGACGACAAUCAAUACAAAGCCACCACCUCAACCUCCCUUGGGUCUGCAGAAUGAAAGUCCAGAGAAUUUCAUGAAGAUUACAGAGAGAGAUGCUGAAGACAGGAGAGUGAGGAGGAUUGCAAAAGCAAGAAAGGCAACUGCACUCAAAGACAAGGGGAAUGAAGCUUAUGCUCAAGAAGACUAUGAAACUGCUGUGAAGUAUUACAGUGAUGGCUUGGCUGAACUACGGGACAUGCAGCCCUUGUACACCAACCGAGCACAAGCCUACAUCAAGCUGGGGAAGUACAACGAGGCCAUCAGUGAUUGUGAAUGGGCCCUGAAGUGUAAUGAGAGGUGCAUAAAGGCUUACCUACACAUGGGGAAAGCAUAUCGGGCCUUAAAGAAAUAUAAUGAGUCCAGAAACUGCUUUGAAAAGAUUGUAGAAAUUGAACCUGCGAUGGAGAAGAUGGUGAAAGAACACCUGACCCAGGUAGAUUUGGAAGAGGAGAGAGAGAGACAGGAAAUGAAUGCGAUGCAAGAGUUUGACAAGGGAGAGGGGAUUGCCACAAGAGUGCUCCAGCUGCUGGAGAAGCUGUCAAGGCCCGGCCAGAUUCCCUUGUACUACUGUGGAGGAUUGGAGAUUCUGUCACAAGCUGUUACUGACUGUACAGGCCAGACCCUUUUCAGACUGAACAAUGGCUUCAGUAUCAUCAGCAGCAAUGACACAGUGAGGAGUUGCCUGUUGCAGAAAACGAAGGAUCCAGACAGCCAAACGUUGUGUGUAUCUGUUCUGAAAUUCUGGAGGGUUAUUUGUUGUGGAAACGAUGAAAACCAGAACAUGUUGAUGUUAUGCCCCGUCGCCAGAGAGUCCAUUGUUCAUUUGGUAACAUCCGAGCAUGAUGGAGUGCAGAAGGAAUGCCUGGCAAUACUACGUUUGUACUCACAGAUGCCACAUGGCAGACGUUUGGCCAUUGACAACCUGAAUGUGCACAUGUUAGUGAGGAGUCUCAUGGCGUGCAUCUCAAAGCCAAGGCAGCAGCAGGAGAACACAGCGGUUAACAUUCUGGAGAGCUUCGCAGCAGAAAACAAAUUUUGCAUUCAGUUAAGGGACGUGUUGACAGACUCUGUCAUUGUGCCAUUUAUAGCCUUACUGAGAAAUAUCAGCGAGUCCAAUCGGCAUGACCUUGCAUCACUGAUAUCGGCUAUUGGCCGUCUGGCUCGAGAUAACGUCAUCCGCCACAGUUUUGCUCAUGAUGCACAGUGCUGGAGGGCUUUUGUGGUCGCCAUUAGGCAGUGCAGUGCAUGUGAGUACAAAGAGGUAAUUUACCCUCUGCUUGGUUUGAUCAUCAACCUUUCAGCCAUCACCUCUCCAAUCAUUCAGGAGCAUGCUGUUUCACUGUGCGACUGCUGCCUGGGCCUGCUGAGGGAUAGUGAUGGAGGAGUCAUAACUAGAGCCACGGGCGUGCUGAGCACCGUCCUCCCUCAGUCCCCAGAGGCCAUUCAGCAUGUUAUUCAGGGGGAUGCGGUCCGGACCAUGCGCUGGCUGCUGAAGGUGCGGAGCUGUACACACAGCCAAGUAUCUACAGGAACAGGGCAGACUGCCACUAAGUAUGCCAUUAAGACUCUGACAGUGUGCACUGCUGCCAGUCACGUGGCACGGGAGGAGCUGGUGAAGUCUGAUAAAAAACUGUCGGUUCUACGUCAUUUGCUUGCUUCCAGCUGUGAUGAGAUGGUGUCAGGAAAUGCAGCCCUGUGCUUGGCCCACUGCCUUGAGUUAGAGGGAAUUGCCAGCACCCUGCUGGGCACUGAUAUUGUGCUGCUGCUGCUGCGCCAUGCUGCAGGGGACGCUAAGAGGAUGGCCGUGCGGCAAAACGCAGCGAUUGCUCUGUGGAAGCUGUGUCGAUUUGAGCCCAGACAUAUGAACAAACUCCGAGAACUUCACGGCUUUGAGAUCCUGCACUCCUGUACGAAGCUCAUCACAUGGACCCAAUAACACAUUUUAUAAUCUCCUUGCUUGUCAUCAGUCUUGUUCUCUUCUGUUGUCUGUUUUGGUCUUAGACGCCAUUGGGGAAAACAAAAAUUCACAAAAAACACACAAGUCCUGGUAGUUACAUAUUUUCUUUUCUCUUCUUUCUAAUUAUUUUUUUUAAACUCUCAUCAUUAAUUGCUAUUCCAAUUGAUAUCUGUCAUUUAUUAAAUAAUAUGGAUUUUUUUUUUAUGCCUUGAGAAUAUCCCAAAAAUGAUUUUAUUUAAUUUUUCUUGAAUAAUAUUCUGCUCUUAAUGCUUCAUCUACAUAAAGGUCAUAAACAUUA